AUGGCCGCAUCCUUCGCCGGCGCCGCAUCCGUCGAUACGGGCCGACUGGAGGUUGUCAAGCGGACCUCGAGCGGCUUGAAGGGGAUGCCGGCUGUCACGGGCAGCGCUUCCGGCUGGUCCCUUGACGAUUCCAGCGACCGCGGCGCCGACGCCGACGUCUGGGACCUCGCCGUCGGCGCCCUCACCGGGGUCAACAACUUCGGCAAUCUCGACGCUGUCGACGAUCUGUGGACGGCUAUCUACAAUGUGUGGACAUUUUUGCUCAACGAUAUGUGGCUCAGCCUCAAGCGUCCCAAGAAUCCCGAUCCAAAGCGUGCUCACGAAGGCGUAGCCGUGUGCAGCCAUGGCGACUCGUACUUCUACACGGACAGUGACAAGGACAAGGACACGUCCUGGAAGCACGCCCGCAAGUACACGUUCUUCAACGUCAGGUACCACAGUGGCAAGCAUGACAAGACCGUCAGCAUGGACUUCGAUUGCUUCUACAUGGUCGACAACGGCCUCCACUACAUCACCGAGCACACUCCUCACAUCAUGAUUUCUGAGUCGUCAAACUGCCACCUUGACGGCUCGAGCUUUGAUGUCUACUGCUCGUAG